AUGUCAAGUAGUCCAUUUCCGUAUACUUGUGAGUUAUGUGGCGUAGAAGGUUUAACAGACGAAGGCAUGCGCUCACAUACCCUAGAGGCACACGUCGCUGGAAGACCAGAAUGUCCGUUCUGCGACUGUGCAGUCCCCCAACCACAGCUGGUAGGGCACGUCCAAAGAGCCCACCUCCAUUAUUUGACACCGGAGAGAGAACUGAUGGCGUUUAUUGACGAUCAAAGUCCCAGCUUCGAUGAUGACUCAAAAAUGACGACAACAGACAGCUGUAGUUAUAAUACCCCAGGUUCCAUCAACGGAUGGCACAGCCCCGACACCUCAUCAUCUUUCCAUAAUGGAGCCAUUUCCAAAAACUCAUACCAUAAUGGAUACCAAGACAAGGAUGGCUAUAGAAAUGACAAAGACGACGAUAGAUGCACGAGGUCGCCGAAAAAUAUUAAUCUUGCUAACGGUUUGAAGAAUAUAAAUAUUAGUAAUGGGGUUGUUCCUAAAAAGAUUCAAAGUCGACAGGGUUCCCAUGAAGGGGAUGUAGUCAAUGGACAUGAGAAAAGAGGAGCACAUUCGAGUCCGAGCCACCACAAUAGCGGUAGUUAUGAAGGCUCACCUAAUAAAAAUAAGUUGUUAAUGGCGAGUGCAGGCCAAGGAUCUCCAUUAAGAUCGCAAUUAGCUUUAAAACUAAAACCUAAUACACCUAAAAAAGCAGCACCUACACCAAGCCCGACUGUACAGUGUCUUUUAUGUGAUUUCACAUCAACAUGUCCAAAGAAAUUAGAAGAGCACAUAAAUCGUGCGCAUUUCGAUCUCACAUCGCCGUCCGUGAUGGGGAAUGCGAAUGCUAACCCGGAUAACCCUACUAUUGGGGUUACUAAUCCCACUUUGACCCUGGAGAAUCCAACGUUGGGAUUGAGCGCAAUGGCUUUGUCUCCAGGGCCUCAUAGCUCGUCUUAUCAAUGCCCUAUAUGUGAAAGAGAUUUUACCAACUGUUCUGAUGUGGAAGUUCAUGUUAAUGUUGAACAUCGCGAUAUUCUAAGUCCACAGAAAUCCGAUCAAGUGGACAACGCCUCCUGUGAGGAUGUGGUUAUGAUGGAAGAAAGUCCGGUUAGCAACUGUCCGGUUUGCUGUCAACCACUGCCAUUGUCACAACAUGAGUUGAUUCAACACAUAGAGGAACAUUUUGAGAGAGGUGAAGAGGGUGCAGCAUCACUCACCGCGGCUGAAAGAGAAGCACAGAGAAAUAGAGAAGAACAUGAAUUCCAACUUUUGAGAGCGCAGUACGGCAUGGAGGAAGAGGAUGAAGAGGGGUACACGAGCCGCGCGAGCAACAGCCUGAAGCGCGCGGUGUACAGCGGCGCGCUGUCGGUGGCCGGCUACUACGAGCGCAGCCUCGGCCUGCGCCGCGCCGCCGCCGCCGGACGCGACGCCGGCGCCUCCCGCACCGACGGAAUUUUAGAAAGAAUAGCUCAUCUAAAUGCUCAGAAUCCAAGUAUAGUGAAGACUUACUUAUGUAGCGGAGUGGACCACUAUGCAAGCACAUACGGCGACAGGGGAUGGGGGUGCGGAUACAGAAAUAUGCAGAUGGUGUUGUCAUCACUGCUGAAGAAUCCUGAAUACGCGACGCUGCUGGAAGGCGUGGUGGAAUGCGAGUGUGUACCGUCCAUCCCCCGCCUUCAACUUCUCGUCGAGAGCGCCUGGAAGAUGGGCUUCGACACGCAGGGCUCGGAACAACUUGGGUCUAAAUUAUACAACACCAGAAAGUGGAUUGGAGCUUGUGAAGUGGUCACCGUACUCUCGUCACUUAGGAUAAGAUGUCAACUGAUCGACUUCCACAAGCCGACGGGCGCCGACGGCAGCCACCCCGCGCUGUUCGAGUGGGUGCUGCGGUACUUCCAGAACGAACCCAACGGGUUUAAGGCUCCACUCUACCUGCAGCAUCAAGGUCAUUCCCGAACAAUAAUAGGGUAUGAAAAACAUAAAGAUGGCAAAGCAACUUUACUGGUGUUAGAUCCUUCGCACUCUCCCGCGCAGGUGCGGGCGGCGGUGUGCGGCGGCGCGGCGGCGGGCGGCGGGGCCCUGCGGCUGCUGCGGCGCGGCGCGGCGGCGCUCCGCGCGCGACAGUACCAGCUGCUGGCAGUCACCGGCGUCUGCACCCACCACCACGACUACGAGGCGAGCAAGGUGCUACAGUCUGUGCGCAUCCCAUAG